UAAUAUAAUAAAAAAUAUGCCACUUCCAGCAGCGUUACAAGCUAGAUUGAAAAAGCGAGGCUUGGUUGUGAAAGAAGCAGACAAAACAGAAGAGAACGAGCCAGAGAAGAAAAAGAAGUUCAAAGACCAACCAUUACCACCUGGAUGGUUUAAAGUACCUGAUCCUGGAAGUGGACAUGCGUACUUUUGGAACGUACAUACAAAUCAAGUUGCUUGGAGACAUCCAAACGAUCCACGUGCUGAAAUAACAUAUCCAGCGUCAUGGCAACAAAAAAAAGAAUCUAAAGAAUCAAAAUCUACGGAUGACGGUAAAGAGGACAAAUCGAAAUCGAAAGUAAAAACAGGAAAACAUCCUAGUUUAGUUAAAGCUCAACGGCAGAAAGAAAAAAAUGCACCUUAUAGAAAAAAUAAAAAAGAUGAUGAUGCUCUCGAUCCAAUGGAUCCAGCCUCGUAUUCAGAUGUAGGCAGAGGGUCGUGGUCAACCGGUCUAAAAGAAGAUUCCGAAGUUAAAACUGGAGUCGAUACAACAGCGAGUGGGCCAUUAUUUCAACAACGCCCGUAUCCAAGUCCUGGAGAUAUUCUUCGUCGAAAUAAGAAAGUACAAAACGAAGAUGACGAUUAAGAUAUACCUUAAGCUGCAAGUCAGUUGGAAACACAAGUAAUAAUAUGAACCUCACGUCAACCGAAAAAUGAAACAGUUUAAGUGUGACUGUUGUGACAUUUAAGUAUUGUAAAUUACGAAGCUUAUGUGCUACAAAUUAAAUUAAAAGCCCUAAAUACGUCGUGACACGUGUUUUGUCGUGCUCAACGCGUGUGUACACGUUCAACUCUGUUAUACUGAAACAAAAACCAUUUUUUAA